CCAGCCUACAAGGAGAAGAUGAAGGAGCUGCCCCUGGUCUCCCUCUUCUGCUCCUGUUUCCUGUCGGAUCCCCUCAACAAGCCGACCUACGCCUACGAAGACACGGUGGAUCUGACCUGGUGCGUCAUCUCCGACAUGGAAGUGAUCGAGCUCAACAAGCGCACCUCGGGCCAAUCCUUCGAGGUCAUCCUGAAGCCGCCAUCCUUCGACGGAAUUCCGGAAUUCAACGCCUCCCUGCCCCGGCGCCGCGACCCUUCCCUGGAGGAGAUCCAGAAGAAGCUGGAAGCGGCGGAGGAGAGGAGAAAGUACCAGGAGGCGGAGCUGCUGAAGCACCUGGCGGAGAAGCGGGAGCACGAGCGGGAAGUGAUGCAGAAGGCCAUCGAGGAGAACAACAACUUCAUCAAGAUGGCCAAGGAGAAGCUGGCGCAGAAGAUGGAAUCCAACAAGGAGAACCGCGAGGCCCACCUGGCGGCCAUGUUGGAGCGCCUCCAGGAGAAGGUCUGUUCCCAACCUCCGCACGGAAAAUCCCACCCUCACCACCUCCAGCUCCCUCCAAAACAUCCGGAGCCCGCCCAGUGCCCUUCUCCGAACGCCUCCGCCGGGGCAGAGGCGGAGAGCGCCAGAUAAUGCCGGAAAAUCCCAGCUAAUCCCAGCUCCAUGGGGCUUCCCGGGACGGUUGACGUCUCCCUCGUAGCCAGAGGGCGAGGACAAAGUGUCCCCAAGUGCCACCAGCAGCCCUUAAAGUGACCCCAGGGGAGGAGAGGACGCUGGUGACCCAUCCGUGGCGUCCCUCGGGAUGAACCUCGUGCCUUCAACCCCUCCGGAGCCGCUGUCCGUGGGGAUCCCGGAAUCCUGGAACCCGGCUAACGCGUGUUCCCCUCCUCCUCCUCCUCCUCCUUCCCCUCCUCCUUCCCGAUCCCACAGGACAAACACGCGGAAGAAGUGAGGAAAAACAAGGAGCUCAAGGAAGAAGCCUCCAGGUAAAGAGGCUCUGCUCGGACUGACAGCUCCGGGGAGGUGCCGGAGGCUUCCGCAGCUCCAGGUCGGAAUGGUGUGGGAAUGGUGGACGUUGCUCUGCUUUCUUUGUUCGUGGAUGUGACGAGUUGAGGGGUGAAGCCAUCGGAGUCGUCGUCGUCGUUCCGGGGAGGGUGGGGAGGGAAGGGAUGAGGGCGGGAUUUUGGGAUGCCCACCCGGGUGGGUCCCGCCCGUCAGCCAGGUCCGGAGGGGACAGCCGAGGGCUGAGGAGGUGAUCCCCGGGAGAAAUCCCGGGAAUACGGAGCGGGGUGGGGAGGGAAUUGUGGGAAAUGUGCGUCGUGUGUGACUUUAAUUUGGUGCUGGGCAGGCGGGGCGGGCGGGAAUCCCUCCGGAGUCUUCUCCAUCCAAUCCCAUCCCAUCCGUGGGCUGCGGAAUCUCUUGGUGUCCCUCCCUCCCUUGUUCCCGCCUGGAUUUGGGAUCUCUUCCCGGAUCUGGCGGGUUUUUUUGCCCUUCCAGCACCGUUUUGGGAAGGGGGAGAAGUUUUUUUGCCCACCACCACUGCUGGAGGUGGUCAGGGAGUGAAAUUCCCUUGCUCCAAAGGUUUUUUCCCAGCUGUUGGAGACGCCCAUGAUCUUUCCCAAGGGUGACAUUGGAAAGCCCCAUGAAUUCCCAAAGAAGCUUUUUUGUAAGAACCUCCCAAAAAACAAUCCCGGUGGGAAUUCUUGGAUGAAAUCCCCCUUUCCAGCUGGAAAAACCAUCGGCUCCCGGAGAUGGAGCAGCAGGAGAAGCCAGGGCGGGGCUGCGGAGACCACGAUGGAAGGGAAUGAGGGAAAAUUUGGGAAAAAGGUGGAGGUGGGACGGAGCCCUGUGGAGAGCAGGGAAAAAUAUCCAUGGGAACCCCUGGUGACACCAGGGAGGGUGGAAAACCCCCCCAAUAUUCCAGGAGAUGCUUUUUUUGGGAGCUGCCAUGCCAUUCCUGGGGAAUCCUCACCUCCAGGAAGGGCGGGGGAGAAGGAAAAUUGGAUUUUCCAGGGGGGUGAGAAUUCCCUGCAUUCCCAGCUGCCAGCUGGAAGCGUUCCCAGUGCUGCUGCACCCCAAAAUUCCAACCAGGAUGUGAACAAAGGGUUUGGGUCUCCGCUAUGUCUCGAUAAGACAUUCCGAGCUCCGAUCCGGGUGUGGAGGGAAUCACGGCUCUUUCCCGGUGCCGGGAGAUGCCCAGCGUGAUCCCGGAGCCCCGGGGAGAAUCCUGGGAAAGGGGAAAAAAGGGAUUGGGGACGGAUUGUGGCACGAGCUGUCCUUUUUUUUGUACACAACGGAUGUAAAUAAAACUGCCUUGGCCUUUC